AUGGCACCUCAAUGGAGAAUCGUCAUGGGCUGCGAUGAGGCCGGCCUCUCGUACAAGAACAAGAUCAAGGCCGACUUCGAGGCCGACCCGCGA